ACAAUGUUGAUAAAUAUUAGAUGCUAACAGCUGUUUCCAUGAGUCGGUAAUAUUAUCAGUAUCACAGUGAUAAGGUUUUGCAUUGUAUGAUAAGCCAUAAUCAUGUAGUAUUUUCGAUAACACCAUACUUUUCAUAAACACCAUGCAGUUAGAAAUGGGACCUCAGGAAUCUGUCCAGAAGUCAAGUGGAGGAUGGAAAGUGUGGAGGAUCAUUAAUCUAGUGCUGGGGGUGUUCUUCACUUUAGCAGCUCUUGUAAAUCUGAAUGAUAAUGACUGGUACCUGUGGGUGCCAAUUUAUGGAGUUUCUGCCCUGUUGUGUUUGCCAUUAGUAAUUAAACCACAGUGGUCAGUUAGUAAGGUUUGGAACACAGUGGUGACAAUUCACUUCACUUUGUGUGUGGCUUAUGCUGUGUAUCAGGUUGUACUGUUGUUUGAGGCCAUCAAAGGGGAAAGGCACAACCCUCUGGAGCAUGAGGAGGGCAGAGAAACUGGUGGAUUGCUGAUCAUAAUUGCAUGGACAUCUAUUGCCAGAUUCACUACUAUAGGAAGACCAGUUCAUGCCAGUAACAAACAAAUGAUGAAUGCUCUGCUGCUGAUAACAGUGACCUUGACCUUUAUUCCCCUCUUGACCUGGUCUCUCUGUUACGUGGGAGAUUGGCACACCAAGCUGGGACACUGUAAAGGAAUGUUUUGAGAGAAAUAUUUUUUGGACUAAGAGGUGAAAUAUGUGCAAUGCUGAUGUGCAGUGCAUUUUUCUUGAUCUCAUUUUUCACACAUUCCAUAAUUUUCAACAAUGUGCCAUUUAAAGCUGUCGAUCAUUAUCUCCUGAUGAAUGUCAACUUCUCUAAGUAAAUUACCUUUAUGUUAACUAUUUUUAUUAAAAUUUCCUUUGUGUAGUGUAGCUUGACUAAACAUGUAAUACGUAAUCUUGUAUACAUGUAUUUAAUUCUCAUCUUAUUAUAGAGUAAAAGAAUUUCUUAUAACUUAUUUAAAUACCGUCUGAAAUCCCUACUUUUUCUGAAAUCCUUAUUUUAUUUUCUGAAAUCCCUAAAUAUCUACCUCUUCAAGGAUUAAGUAUAAAAACAGAAAUGUACAUAUAGACCUUCUUAAUUGCUUUGUACUUGAAAUGUAUAUGUGAAGAACCCAUUUUGAAAACUCGAUUAAGCUUUAUAUUACACAUGAUGUUUAUAUAGUUAGAGGAUAUUUUUGCUUAUUUGAUGUUCAGCAAUUUAUUUAUUUUUUCUUUUUAAGUAAAUAAAAUAGAAUUGCA